UUCACUCCAACACAACACAACUCAUCUCAUCCUCAUCAGCCAUCACACAAGCUCAUCAUCGCUCGAUCUUCACACAAGAAGAUCUCUAGCAAUUAAUGGCGGCGUUCAUGGCAACCACCACCAACAAGGUGGUGCUCCUCCUGCUGGCGGCGCUCCUCCCUCUCGCCACCCUCGCCUCCCGCUCCGACCCGGCCGUGCACCACGGCCACGCCGGCCACGGCCCCAAGCAUCACCACUCGCCGUCGUCGUCGCCGCCAGCAGCUCCGUCUCCUACACCGGCGGCGCCCGCCCCCGCAGCAUCCGGCGCCGCCGCUGCCGCCGCUUUGGUGCGCGCCACCUGCAACUCGACGACCUACUACGAGCUCUGCGUGUCCGCGCUGGGCGCCGACCCGUCCAGCGCCACGGCGGACGUGCGCGGGCUCUCCUCGAUCGCCGUCUCGGCCGCCGCCACCAACGCCUCGGGCGGCGCCGACACGGCCGCGGCGCUGGCCAACGGCACCUCCGCCCCCGCGGCGUCGUCGAACAACGCGCAGGCGGCCCCGGCGGCCGGCGGCGGCGACGCCACCGUGCAGGCGCUGCUCCGCACCUGCGCCGCCAAGUACGGCAGCGCCCGCGACGCGCUGAGCGCUGCCAGGGAGUCCAUCGCGGCGCAGGACUACGACUUCGCGUCCGUGCACGUCAGCGCCGCCGCCGAGUACCCGCAGGUGUGCAAGGCGCUGUUCCGGCGGCAGAGGCCAGGGCAGUACCCGGCGGAGCUGGCGGCGAGGGAGGAGGCGCUCGGCAAGCUCUGCGCCGUCGCCAGCGACAUCAUCGCCCUCGUCUCCAACAGCAGCAGCUAGCUCAUCUCAUCUCGAUCCAUGCAUGCAUCCAUGAUCCAUCCAUCCUCGUCUCCAACAGUAAUCGAGAGAUCUUCACGCCGGCGUUACGCGAGGAAGCAGCUAGCGCGACUAGUCUACUAGUGAGUCUACUUACGUACGUGUAAUGACACGAGUCCUUGUUAACUGUACUGCAAGUCUCGUCUCCAACAGUGAUCUUCGCGCCGGCGUUACGCGAGGAAGCAGCUAGCGUGACUAGUCUACUAGUGAGUCUACUUACGUACGUGUAAUGACACGAGUCCUUUGUUAACGACUGUACGUAUGAACUGUACUGCAAGUCUGUACCUCCAGCCAACUCCAGUGUUGAGUGGAUCAUUAGUACUGCCACGUUGGAUCUUUUCUCUUUUUUGGUGAUAUAUACUGAGAUGGAAAGAGACAGAUGUGAGAAAAAGAAGAAGAAGAGACGAUCGUUAAUGGUAACAAACGUCUCUUUGGAUAA